AUGUCACAUUCAGACUAUAGAACCAAGAAGAGGAAGCUCGGUCACAAUGGAGCGGCAGACGACGUCAACACCUCCAAGCCCUCGGCGCGAUUCAACCCAUCCCAGGGAGGCCGUGACUGGACUAUAUCUGUAGCUAUCCCGGGUAGCAUAGUCGCCGACCACCGCACGCUGGAUCAGCGCAUGACAAGCCCAGGCCGCAUUGCCCGCGCCCUCGCCGUCUUCUCCGUCGACGAAGUAGUCGUCUACAACGAUAUGCCCUCCCCCUCCCACUCCUCCGACCUCCAAACAUCCGCCUCCUCCUUCUACCGGACCCAGCGCCCCUCCCACCAGGGCCACCAGGGCCACCACCCGCGACAACGCCCCGGCCAACGACACCAAAACAACAACGACUCCGACGCCGGCGCCGACUCCUCCUUCACCGCCGACGUCGACCCCUGCCACUUCCUCGCCCACCUGCUCUCCUACCUCGAAGCGCCCCCCUUCAUGCGCAAGACCCUCUUCCCCAUCCACCCCAACCUCCGCCUCGCCGGCCUCCUCCCGUCCCUCGACAUGCCCCACCACCCGAACCCCAUCGACACCGCCAUCCCCUACCGCGAAGGCGUCACCCUCGACCGCCCACCCCCCGCCACCGACUCGGACGCCGCCUGCCUGGUCGACAUGGGCGCCAAAUCCCCCGUCUCCCUCCCGGACGCCAUCCCCCCCAACACCCGCGUCACCCUGCGCUUCCCCUCGGGCUCCUUCGAGCACGGACCCGCCGAAGCCGUCCACCCGGCCACCCCGCGCGAGGAAGGAGGUUACUACUGGGGCUACGCCGUGCGCCGCGCCAGCUCCCUCUCCGCCGUCUUCGAAGAAUCUCCCUUCGAAGGGGGGUACGACGUCAGCAUCGGCACCUCCGAGCGCGGCGACUCCGUCUCCCGCGCCUUCCCGCGCCACGACCGCGCCCUGCCCUUCAAGCACCUCCUCAUCGUCUUUGGCGGGCCGAGGGGCAUCGAGUUCGCCGCCGCCAACGACCCCCAGCUUUCCGAGCUGGGUGUGGGCGGCGGUGCCACCCGGGAGCUGUUCGACCACUGGAUCGACGUGCUGCCGAACCAGGGGAGCCGGACCAUCCGUACCGACGAGGCUGUUUUCAUUGCCUUGACUGCUUUGCGGAGGCUGUGGGAUUUGAGCUGA